AUGGAGGGGACAGGAGGUCCGUCGAGGUAUCGCUACGUGGUGGUGUUGGAUUUGGAGGCCACAUGCGAGGAGGUGCGGAAUCCUUCGUCCUCGGGCGCAGGAGACGGCACUGAGAACCGACUGCAUCACGAGAUUAUCGAAUUUCCCUGGGCAGUGGUCGAUUUGAAGGAGGCAAAGGUCAUCGAGCAGCGCCAGCUGUACGUGAAGCCCGAAUGGGAGGAAAAUCGCCACCUCUCCGCCUUCUGUACCAAGCUCACUGGAAUCACCGAUGCUGUACUCGCCGAGCAGGGUCAGCCGCUCAAGCAAUGCAUUGCCAUCUUCGCCCAGGCCAUGCACGACCUCCAGCAGCAAGACGGGGGCGUAGACAAAGAUUUAAUCUGUGUAGCGACGGAUGGGGACUGGGAUCUCGACGUGCAGUUGCGAGGCGAGGCUGCAGCGAAGGGCCUCGACGUGCCCUACCAUCUGCAGCGCUUCAUCAACGUGCGUGAGGAGGUGUCAUACUUCUACAAGCCGGGCCGUGAGCACCACAUCAAGGGCCUUAAGUCGCUCCUGCGGUACCUCGGGCUGCCGCACCAGGGGCGCCAUCACUCCGGCAUCGACGACGUCCUCAACAUCUGCCAGAUCGUUCUACGACUCGCUGCCGACGGCCACGCCUUCACUCCUGAGCGCGCCGUGGUGGUCGGUAGCACAGACAAGGCUGCCAAGGCGGUGAUGGAGGCGGACUUCUCCAAGUGGUGGAGCGCGGAGGAGCUCACCCCAGAGAUCCUGAGCGUCCUGAUGGGCUUCCGCCCCGAUGAAGUCCUCAACAUCUACCAGUUUGGCAGCCGCGUGUAUGAAUGCGACGACAACGAUGCACACUGGUCGUUCAUCAUUACGAUGGGAGACUACUACAAGGGACCCGCCAACUUCACCCGCGGGAAUGUACAUGCACGUGUGGGUCCGAUGUGGAAAUUUGAGGAGAGCCUGCGACACAACGACCUCUACCAGGUCAUAUCGUUGUCCCUCCCCGCUCGCUUCGUGUGGAAGGAGACCGUGCGGUUUGAGAUGAUCGAUCGGCUCAACCUCCGCAAGCUGGCCCGAUCCGUUCUCGAGCAGUUCCACGGUCAGACCAAGGCAAAGCUGGUGCGUAUUUUCAAGACCGACGGCGCCAAGCUCUUCGUCAAGGAGAUACUGCGCAUGUUCAGGUCGGUGAUGUUCGGGAUACAGCUGCUGGACGAGGGGAAGGUGGUGGACUACCGCCAGGCCAACGCAUACCAGCGCGAGAUUGAAGCCAUGGGCGAACUGACUGUUCAAGGCUGUGCAACAGUCGUCGACCGAUUCAAGCCCGAGCUGGAGCGAUUGCUGGGCGUGUUUCGCGGGAAGAUCGCGUCUGAGGAGGAGGACUUCCGGCGGCUGGUCGAGCGAGCGUAUCAGGAAACGCAACGCACUUCGGAGGACGAAAGCGCACGGGGGUUUCGCUUGCUGCGUACACUGGUGCAGCAAAAGGGCGCGGGCUUACUGGUGCGACACCUGCCGGUGACCGUGCGACGCAGCGGCUCGCUGGUGCAGCUCUGCUGCGACGAGGACGAACUGCGACGGCGAAGGCAGGCGCAAGACUGCGACGACGAGAAGGAGCGGCCGCCGGAUCUUCUCUUCGCAGACCUGCAUGACGACCACGACGACGAGGAGGACAACGAUUCGCCCCUGGUCACUCUCCUCGCCCGACAGUGCCACGGCGUCAUCAUCGACGAAGCCGACGGCGCGUGCCGAGUCGUCUCGCUGCCGUUCCCGCGCUUUGCGAAGCCGCGACAAUUAGCCGAUAUUCAGCACCGCGUCGACGCUCUCGACUUUGCCGCAUCGGGCAAGGCCCUGUGUGUGCUGCCAAAGUUGAACGGCGCGCUGUGCGUUUUGUACGCCCGCGAGGGGAAGUGGAAGGUGUCGUCCCAGACCUCGAUGGAGGCCGACGACCGCGUCGAAGAAGCGUCGCUUCCCUCCUCGGAGGGCAGCACCCUGCUGCGCGACGCAUUCUGGGCGCUGUGGUCGGCAGUGGGCUACACCCUUCCGCCUGCCGAGGAGCAGGGCCGUCGGUGCUUCCUCUUCCAGCUGGCCGCCGAGGGCUUGGGCGCCUUCGCCGGAGUCCGCCCAGCAGCAGCGCCGGAGGAGGACGGAGAGGUGGUGGUCGACGCCGCCGGGUCAUCACCGACUCCAUUGCAACGCAAUCUCUCGUCCGUCACAGGCCUGCGUCUCCCUCGGCUGCUCUACGUGGGCGUGGCCUGUCUCGAGACACUGCACCAUCGCCUCAGCAGCGCCAGCCACGAGGUUAGGUGGGAGCGCCCGCCAGUGCUGGUCGGCGUGGACAGCGCCUCAGCCUUGAUGCAGCUCCUGACUAACCUGCCGCCGAGCAUUGCCUCGGGCCUCAUCGUCGCCGCCGGAGGUGAUGGUGGCCCAGCUGAGCCGCAGUUGUGGCUCGACAGCCCGGCCUACAUCAGCCUGCACGAUGCCGUCAGGCAGCUGCGCGGGGAGCCGAGCGAAGAGGUCAUGCUCAACGUGCUGCGGCGCAUCGACGUCUCGCGCGAGGAGACCGCCAUGCUGGCGCGCUUCCCGCAGUUCGCGGCCCUCUACGCCAGCGUGAGCCACAGGCUGUGGCACCUCAUCGACCGGGUCGACGCCGAGUACCACCGGGUGGACAGCGACACGCCUCGCAGGCCAAGGCGGCCAAGGACCCGGCGACCACGCUGUUUGCGAGCAAGGUGGGCCGACACCCGUUCAAGCAGGUCCUCUUCGCCAUGCGGCGAGACCACCUGA